AUGGCGAAGGCUCGUGUGAAGAAGCGCACCCAUCUUCGGGCGCAAAAUGCCUCUGCAGCUGCGGCUGGCAAAGGUUCAGCGUCGUCGAUGACCAAGGCCCCCAAGUCUAUGGUCAUCCGAGUGGGCGCUUCUCAAGUCGGCACCAGCGUGACGCAGCUGGUCAAGGAUGUUCGCCGAAUGAUGGAGCCUGAUACUGCCGUGCGAUUGAAGGAACGGAAAUCUAACCGACUUCGCGACUAUACCGUGAUGGCCGGCCCCCUCGGUGUCACUCACUUGAUGCUUUUCUCCAAAUCCAAAACAGGAAACACAAAUAUGCGACUCGCUGUGACUCCCCGUGGACCGACUCUUCAUUUCCAAGUUGAGAACUAUUCGCUUUGCAAGGACGUCGAGCGUUCAUUGAAGCGUCCACGUAGCGGUGGACAAGAUCACAAGACUCCCCCUUUGCUUGUGAUGAACAACUUCAAUUCUCCUCACGCUACCGAAGACUCAAAAGUACCCAAGCGUCUCGAGUCCCUUACGACCACCAUCUUCCAGUCUCUUUUUCCUCCAAUCAACCCGCAAGCCCAACCUCUCUCCUCGAUUCGCCGCGUUAUGCUCUUAAACAGAGAACCCAGUGAAUCUGACGACGGCUCGUACGUUCUUCACCUACGACACUACGCAAUUGCAACAAAGAAGACGGGUGUCUCAAAACGUAUCCGCCGCUUGGACCCCAAGGAGAUUCGCAAUCGGGAAAAGAAGAAGGCAGCCGUGCCCAACUUGGGCAAGCUAGAAGAUGCUGCUGAUUAUCUACUGGAUCCAUCGGCCGCCGGAUACACCUCUGCGAGUGAAACCGAACUCGACACCGACGCGGAAGUCGAAGUUGCGGAAAGCACAACCCGCAAGAUUCUCAACAAACGAGAGGCGCAACGCCAAAAGGCUGGCGACAAGGCUCAGAAGAAGGUGGACACGCCUGGAGUUGAGAAACGCGCGGUCAAGUUGGUCGAGUUGGGUCCACGCAUGAAACUCCGUCUGAUGAAGGUCGAGGACGGCGUUUGCGAGGGCAAGAUCAUGUGGCACGACUUCAUUACCAAGUCUGCGGCGGAAGUGAAGUCCUUGGACAAGAGCUGGGAAAAGCGUCGCAAGGAGAAGGAACAGCGCAAGAAGCAGCAGAAGGAGAAUGUUGAAAGAAAGAAGGCAGAAAAGGCCAAAGCUAAGGCCAAUGGGGAGGAAGUUGACGAGGAUGAGGAUGAGGACAUGGAUGAGAUGGACGAGGAGGAUGGCGAAUGGCUCAGUGACUACGAUGACGAUGAUAAUGACGAGGAACCCGAAGCCGAUUCUGAUGACUCCAUGCAGGAGUGA